CUAUACGGCUAUAUUAAACCAUUACCAAAAAACCCCCAAACUCCAUUCCAUUGUUCUUUACCAUUGUUAAACCAUGAAUACUCCCUUCAUCUUCAUCUUCAUCUUCUUCUUCAUCCUUUUCCUCUCAUAUACAGAAGCAACAAAAUGUCGAUCAAAGGGUCUCAAUAUCAAGUCCCCUUUCACCCUUUUACCCCAUCACAAUAAUGACCCAAAUUUCAACCUUUAUUGCCAAAACACUAACACCACCAUGAUUCACUUCCCUUUUUAUGGCAAUUUAGUAGUCAAAUCUAUUUCUUAUAAUACAAGGAAAUUAGACCUUAUUGACCCCAAAAGCUGUGUCCAUGAAGUGUUUUUAAACCUCAACCUUUCAUUAACUCCAUUUCGUUACUACUACGUUGUUAAGAAUUAUACUUACUUGAAUUGUUCAGUUCCCAUUAAUGGCAAUUCAAUCCCUUGUUUAAGUGGCUAUGGGCACCAUGUUUAUACUGUGAAACCGAGUGUUAAAGUUCCGGAUUCUUGUCGGGCGGUUAAAACUGUUGAAAUCCCAUUUGGUUAUAGUUCUUAUCUUUCUGAUAAUAGCUUUGGUUUGGGGCUAACUUGGGAGUUGCCUGAGCGUGAUGAUGAAGACGGUGACGAUGGGUUCGAAGAGGAAAGAACUUGGGUCCAUUUGACAACGAAAAAAGUCCCAAUGAUAGCAGGGUUGGUAGUUUUAGCUGCUGUUGCAAUGGUGAUGAAAAUGAAGAUCCUUUAUACCAAAAAGAUGUUGGUUUCAAAUGAAGAUAUGGAAAAUCAAUUUUCAGAGGACUUACUUGCACAACAACAUAAGAUCCCUCAAGCAUUAGGGUAGUGAUUGUUGUUAGGAAAUUUUACUCUCUUUUUUUUUGGGGGGGGUGAUCCCUAGUUUCCUUUUUUAUUUCACCAACUUAAAAAAUCAUAAAAAAGUUAGAUAAAAAUAUCAUGGAAAUCCCUAUAUUAGGUUUUAGAUUACAAAAGGGGCAAAUUAGCCAUUUUACUUUAUAUUAAAAAGUAAAGUAGUCUUUUUUUUUUUGUUAAAA